GUAGGUUCGGUAUUAGAUCUCACGAGCAAGAUUUACUCCUUGACUAGUUCUAUAGUUAUGAGGGUCGCGAUUGGCGACAAGCGUAAAGAUGGUGCAGAGCUCGUGAAGUUGCUCCAUGAGGUAUUGAAACAGCUGGGUGGGUUUUGCUUUGCUGAUUUGUUUACUUCAAAUAAACUUAUCCGGCUCAUGACUGGAAUGGAAGCAAGGUUGUGGAAGAUUCAUAAGAAAGUAGACAAGGUUUUGGAGGAUGUUCUCCAGGAGAAUCUAAGGAAGCUUAAGAAAGCAGAGGGAAGCGACGAUAGUGAUUUGGUAGAAGAAAAUCUUGCUCAAGUUCUUUUGCGGAUCCAGCAAGGUGAUCAAAACUUCGAUGUCCCAAUCACAAGCAAUAACGUUAAAGCUGUCAUAUGGGAUAUGUUUGGUGGUGGAACCGAUACUGCAGCAUCAGUAUUAGAAUGGGCUAUGUCAGAAAUGAUGAGAAAUCCAAGAGUGAUGGAAAAGGCACAAUGA